AUGUUAUCUUCGAAAACAACGACAACGUCUCAGUAUCAACCAACUGUUUUAAUUACUACACAACAUGCUCAUCCGUGGACAAUCAGUGGUUUUAAUGGAUUAAAUGGAAAUGUUCUUCUUACAUUUAAAUGUGAUGCACCUGUUGUAUCUCAUGGUCUGUUAUGCUCUCGAGAUCAUAUCUAUGCUGCUGCUAUUGAUCGUCCUUCAAUUUAUGUUUGGAAUUUAAACAGUCGAAAUCGAGAUUAUAAAAAAAUGACAGUUGCAGGACCUAUCAGUUGCAUGACAUUUAUUCGAGAUUCAACUGUCUUAGCAUGUGCAAUUGGCAAUAAAAUCUUUCUUUAUAAACUUGAUAAUGGUCAACAUUUGAUAACACUUUCCGCACAUAUUCGUACGAUAAAUCAUUUAUUAUUUGAUGAAGAUCAAGAUUGUUUAAUAUCAGCUGGUGAAGAUAAUCUUAUUCAUCGAUGGAAUAUUGAAGAUAUAAAUCUCGAUCGAAAUAUUGAUGUAUCUCCAACAAAAUCAUUUCAAGGUCAUACAGGUCCUAUUCAUGAUGUUUGUCAAAUAUCAAUUGGUAAAUUUCAUUUAAUAUUAACUGCAUCAAGUGAUCUAAGUGUUCGAUUAUGGGAUAUUAUUACAGGCAAAUGUUUAUGUACAUUUUUAUUUCCUAAUGAAAUACAUUCGAUAUGUACAUCAUCAUUUGCAACAACAAUCUAUUGUGGAACAGAUGUUGGUACAAUUUUUAGUGUUCCAUUACGAACAUUAACAACACAAUUUGGAGGUUUUCUACAUCAAAAUCCAACGAUUACAAUUGAUAGUAAUAAUUCAAAACAAUUCGUUCAUCAUCAAGGUUCAGUUGUAGCACUUCGAUUAAGUGCAGAUGAACAAAUUUUAUAUUCUGGUAGUUUAGAUAAAGAUUGUGUUAUGUGGGAUUUAUCAUCAGGACAAAUACGUUUUAAAAAAUCAUGUUCGAGUUCAAUAACAAACAUUCUUCUUGCAAAAAUUGAUACUGAUGAUGUUCAUGAUGGUUCAAGUAUUUCAAUUCCAUUUAGUACUUUUUCAAAUAGUUCAAAUGAAGAAGUUGUUGCACAUACUCUUGCAGCAAGAAAUGGUUCAAGCCAAAGACCAAUAUGUAGUCAAGAUUCUAUUAAAUUUAUCCCAAUGCCACCAGUCAAUGGAGAAUUAGAUGAAUCAGUAGCUAUGGCAGCACCAACAUUUGCGCAAAUGGCCCGUUUAUUACUUGAACAACAAAUGAAUUCAUCUUAA